GCCCUGCGCGGCCACUCGCACUUCGUCAGCGACGUGGUCAUCUCCUCCGACGGGCAGUUCGCCCUGUCCGGCUCCUGGGACGGCACCCUGCGCCUCUGGGACCUCACCACAGGCACCACCACCCUGAGCGUGGCCUUCUCGUCUGACAACCGGCAGAUCGUCUCGGGCUCCCGGGACAAGACCAUCAAGUUGUGGAACACCCUGGGCGUCUGCAAGUACACCGUGCAGGAUGAGAGCCACUCGGAGUGGGUGUCCUGCGUCCGCUUCUCCCCCAACAGCAGCAACCCCAUCAUCGUCUCCUGCGGCUGGGACCAGCUGGGGAAGGUGUGGAACUUGGCCAACUGCAAGCUGAAGACCAACCACAUCGGGCACACGGGCUACCUGAACACCGUGACGGUCUCCCCCGACGGCUCCCUCUGCGCCCCCGGCGGCAAGGACGGCCAGGCCAUGCUGUGGGACCUGAACGAGGGCAAGCACCUGUACACGCUGGACGGCGGCGACAUCAUCAACGCCCUGUGCUUCAGCCCCAACCGCUACUGGCUCUGUGCUGCCACCGGGCCCAGCAUCAAGAUCUGGGACCUGGAGGGCAAGAUCAUCGUAGACGAGCUGAAGCAGGAAGUGAUCAGCACCAGCAGCAAAGCCGAGCCGCCCCAGUGCCGCAGACGGACCCUGUUCGCCGGGGACACGGAUAACCUGGUGCGCGUCUGCCUGUUCGCCGGGUACACGGAUAACCUGGUGCGCGUCUGGCAGGUCACCAUCGGGACCCGGUGAGGGGCCCGGGGCCCCGCCUGCCUCUUGUGUAAAGAUACCCAAUAAAAAGUCGAUUUUGGAGGUUU